AAACAGCACGCAAAGUCAAAAGUGGUGAAGUCAGCCGAACAAUCCGCCUGUCAUUUCGUUGCGGAGAAAAAAGUAACUUUUAGGUGUAAAAACUUAAAUUUUUAUCGUUUAAAAUACUACCGUUCUGAAGUUCGCGUGUUCAACUUUGUAAAGUGGUAAAAAUUCUUCGCAAUCGAGUGAGAUUUGUGGGAAAAAAUACCGUUUUCAAUUUUUGGACUACACCUGAAGAACGGGAGUGAAGCUCCGAAUCGUCAAAAGGAUCAUUGCGAGAGACGGAGAGAGAUAGCGAUCUGUUGUUUUUUGGUUUGUAACUGUGUUGGUGUGAUGGACCGCACUCUUUCGUUUGAAUCGUAACAAAACAGAGAGAACUUUCAAAGUGUUCUUAUAAGAUUCCGAUUUAUUGCUGACUGUUCUUGUCCAGAUUCGAGACUAAUUGCGACAAAAUGGAAUAGUGUUGAAUCUAGCUGAGAAGAAUUGUGUUUUACUGCAAAUUGGAUGAUUUAUUUGCGUGUUCAUGUUGUGCAAAGUGGUUCCUGUUCGAAAAAGUUAAAUAAGUAGUGUUUGUGGUCACUAUUCCCUGGUUGCAUCGAAUCAAGUUCCUCUGUGGGAACAAUCCGGUCGAUCGACCUUCAAGUUAAUGACUGGGGAACUUGUGAGUCUGUGUGUUGCUCGUUCAAAGCAUAGUACAAAAUAGAUUCGAUUUUCUCCCAUCGUGAGGCAGAAAAUUAUUCAAGUGCCGAAAGUGAACUAACUUUUCCUGCCCCGUGGGGAAUCAUAUCCGGAUGGUGUUUUGGGUUUUCUAAGCGAGCACGGUAAUGAGCACCGCCAGGCCCCGUUUGGUGCACACGAGGAAAAUCCAGCCUACAUCGUCGCCCUCGAAGCGAGCCAAAAGCGGCCUCACCGAGGAGGAAUCGUCAUCUUCGCCAUCGUCCCCGACCAGUGGCGAAAGUGUUUUUACUAUGGCCGAAACGACGGCUGGCGGCGGAAUGGUGGAACCCAACGAGGAAGGGGGAGACCAACCGCCGACCAAGUUUACGGAAGCGGAUCUGCAAGCCAUCAAGCUGACGAGUGACACGUUGAAGCGCAACCCGAAGAUGGACUUCAGCAAAACGGAUCUGCUCAAGCUGCUGAGCUACCUGGAAGGUGAACUACAAGCUCGAGACGUGGUCAUAGCCGUACUGAAAACCGAAAAAGUCAAACAAUUGCUCAACACCGCCCGUUACAGCAAACCCACUAACCUGAACGAUCCACAUGCCGCACUCUACAGGGACAACCUGGCCUCCAGUGGGAACAUUGCCAGCCGACAGUCGUCCAUCCAGGCAGCCUAUUCCGAGCAUGAAAUGCGACUACUGAACGACCAGCGAUUAGGCGUCAAGGAGCAAAUGGACUCGCUGGCGGCCUUGGUAAUGCAACAGCGACAAACACAAGCCAAAAUGGUCGAGGUGCUGAAGGAUGCCGAGGAGCGGUACAAAAAGGUCGUCCAGGAGCUGGAGGAAGAGCGGCGGAAACACGAACACACGACUGCCCAAGGCGAUGACAUCACGUACGGGUUGGAGAUUGAACGAUCGCGGCUGAAGCAGGAACUGGAACACGAAAAAGAGCAACGAAAGGUGCUGGAGUUGGAACUGCAGAAAAUUCAGGAGCAGUUCGAAGAGGAGAAGAACCGGCAGAAGCAGAUCGUGUUACUGUUGCUGGCAGAGCGAAAGAAGAUCAUUAUCAAAUAUAUUGAAGAACGGAAGCGUAGUGAAGAUUUGGCGCAAAUUCUGUCGGAAGAAAAGCUACGUGUGGACACGAUAGCCGAAGGACUGGAGGAGGAAAGCAAGAAAUCGCUCCGGAUGGAAGCCGAGCUGGAGACGCAAACACAGCAGUUCGACUUGGAGCGGAAGAUGUUGCAUCAAAGUUUGGGCAAGGAGGAAAAGCGGAUCAAGGAACAGGAGAUAGAGAUUCAGCAAUUGAAGGCAGAACUGGAAUUGUUGCGUAAACAGACCGGCAUUCGUCACCCGAUCGUGGCCCCACAGCUUCCAACCAAACCAGGCGGUCUGAUGCCAUCCAGGCCAUCCAUUGGGGGUGUUCCAGUACCUGACGUAGACAGCGUAGCAUCGUCCUCUUCUUCCGCUUCCGUCGCAGCCGGGUCUGUGACGUCUGCUGCCGCUGCUGCUUCUUCUGCUGGAUCUGCAGCUGCCUCCGCCGCCGGUGUUGGCAUUCUACCGCCUGGCGCCGUCGCGAUGAUCAGUAGUGUGGCCACCAAGGUGGUCCAGCCAACUGCUACCGUGUCUAGCGUGCCCGUUUCCGGACCAACAACCGGAAUCGCCCGAUCCGUGUCCCCGGGGCAGCUCAUCCGACAAACGGCCAUCUCGCAGCUGUCGAUAACGUCUCCACCGUUGGGACCACCGGGUGCCAAUGCCGUACCGGUUGCGCCGUCGCCGGAGACCUACGCCAACACCGUCACCUCCACGCCCGGCAAGUUGCCAACAACUACAUUGCCGCUGGAGUCUCAGCAUCACAGGCAUCCGGCACAGCCACCGCCCCUGCCGCUAUCUCAACAGCCUCAGCCGCCUCAUCACAAAAUUCUGCGGCGUCAGUCGCAUCUGCAUCCGUUUCAACCGCAGCAGAAAUACUGACAAACAUCGGUUGCGAAGGUGGGAUAGUGUAAAUCGAGUGUGCAAGCAAACACCCCCCUAUCCACACACUAGUUACAAGUGCUGUUGCUAAUCCAUGCUUUCGAUUAGUUGUGCGACCAUUAUUGUUACUAACAACACACACACACACACGCUACACUUUUGCAUCACACCGUUAUCAUCCAGCAUCACCACGAUCAUACAUCACGUACUAACAACCCCUCACACGUUUAUCCGAACGGGCUGCUGCAGGUCGUGACUAUACCACCUACAGUUACCGACAACUACUCAAACACUAGUCAUCCGCGCAAUAGCAGAGUACAACAACGCUUGCUGGGCACACGACACGCGGAAUUCAUCCUGAUUGACUUACGCAAAAGGCUCUACUAGGUAAAUACCCACACACAUUUUUAGCACUCACUAACAAACGCGCCGAAACGGCCGAUCUUCGAUCAGUUGGUUCUUCAGAUGAUGAGUCCUUGGAUAUAUGGUUGGUAUUAGCAUCGUUCGCAUAGAUCUGCAUUCGAGGGACUGUUAUAUGUUGAUCGAGUUGUGUUUGACCAAUUUAUAUUAAACCACUGAUAACUGUGACGACUAUAUCGUGGCUUUACGUUAAUUUACGAAUUAAUUGUGGACAUUGAUUUUGUUCUUAAAAUCCUCCAAUUACCAAUUCGUAUUUAAGGGUCUUUUGAAGUGAAAUCUCUCAAGGCCAUCAGAGUUAGGGAUUUUCAAGUAACGAAUGAGUUUUUAAAAACUAAAUUACACUAUAUUUAUUCGCACCCGGGGCUUUCCUUAACCGUGUGGUUAGAGUCUGUGACCACAAAGCAAAGCUAUGCUUAAGGUGUCUGGGUUCGAUGCCCAG